AUGACUACAACAAUGCUGUACGCGACGGGCAUUUCAAUGGAGGAGCCAAGUCAUCGGUUUUCGCCCACGACAGUGGCUCCUGGGAAACCCAGGCAUCGACCAAAAGCCUUACAGAUCCAGCCACUGGACCCCAGCGAAUUGAGCGCGAAGUUAAACGAUAUUUCAGUCGAGCACGAAGGCCAGCCUCGUCGUCCAGUCCACACAGAGGACUCACUCCGCCCCCCAUUAUCUGCCACAAGUAUGGGUGCCCUGUCUCCCCGGACUAUUCAGACAACACAUGCAUUGCCAUCGAUUCCAACCCCUGUCUCAUCAAGAGUCUUCAGGAAAGAGAAGACUGAUGAUAAACUCAGUUCACCUUUGUCUGCAAAGCCGCCACGCCGUGGCAGCUUUUUUGACGCCUUCCACUUCAGAGGCUCGAACUACAGUGAUGAGACGCAGAAGCAAACAGAAAAGGAUGUUCAGAAGCCUGCUCGUUACAGGCAUGUCCCUCAGGUGGCAGCGCAACAGUUUGCUCGCACUACAACAGUCGAGCCCCUCACUCAGAAAGCUUCAUCCAAAGGAAUGAGGCCUGCUCCCGGCCCCCACUCUAUGAACAAUGGCACCAUAUCGCUGCAAGAGUACAAUAGCCAGUAUAGAAGAGCACAGAGUCUUUGCAGCGGAAGACCAACUAGCGCCAGCAACGUUGCGAGGACGGGAGGCACUGAGCUGGAUAAAGUGUCAACGCAACGCAAGAGACAAACAGCCCGUAAUUCCAUGCUCUGGAAUGUCAAUGGACCUGAGUUGUCACGAAGAAUGAGCACGGGUAACAUGCAGCCUCUGCCUCAACCCCGGCGUGAUUCAAUAGGUACGGGUGUCGGGGGCUUUCAAGGGAACGCCGCAUCAUCUGUGAGACGGGGAUCCGCGAGUUCGUCAGGUUUCUCCGAUGCAUCACCCUUUGUACGCGAGUCUGGCCCAGCAACCCCUUUCAAGCAAGAGUUUGGUAUCAACACUUCGCCUAACCGUCGAGGGUCUGAGACUAGUGCAGCCACUUCUGGUUCGCGGAGAGGUAGUUUUGUGAACAUCCCCAACCCGCAGCACGCGGCUGAGAUACACAGGGUGGACUGGUCUCAGAGUGACCAACCAGUCAAGGUCCGACGAGAUUCGAAGUGGGGAGGCCUCAAACAUCGAAAGACUAGUUUGAGCCAGCAGAAGCCCAACGCUGAGGACCAGGGCUCCAAUUUUACCAAGACGAGCUCACAGUCAUCUAUUUCUCCAAAAUCGCCCAAGUCGGGUUUCUUGAAGCGAUUCAUGCAUUAG